ACAGCCCCUGGGGACAUGGUGGGUGCCGGGUGCCCGUUCCCAGGGCUGCCCUUGGGCACCCCCGAUACCGGGGGGGAUUUAAGGCCGGCGGCCACCCCCGGACACCCUGACCGAGCCGGGAGCACAAUGCUGGGCCUCCUCCUGCUGCUGGUGGCUGGCGGCAGCCGCGCCGCGCUGGUGCCGAACCAGCGGGUGGUCAACGGGGAGGAUGCUGCACCCUAUAGCUGGCCCUGGCAGAUCUCGCUGCAGUACGAGCGGGACGGAACCUUCCGGCACACCUGCGGGGGGAGCCUCAUCGCGCCCCACUGGGUGCUGACGGCCGCGCACUGCAUCUCGUCCUCGCGCACCUACGAGGUGGUGCUGGGCGAGUACGACAUGAGUGCUGGGGAGGGCACCGAGCAGCGCAUCCCCGUGGCCCCCGCCAACAUCUUUGUCCACCCCAAAUGGCGAAGCUCCUGCCUGUCUUGCGGUAACGACAUCGCGCUGCUGAAGCUGCAGCACCCGGCGGUGCUGAGUGCUGAGGUGCAGGUGGUGCAGCUGCCCCCCCCGGACACCGUCCUGCCCGACGGGUACCCCUGUUACCUGAGCGGCUGGGGACGGCUGAGCACGGGGGGGCCGCUGCCCGAUCGGCUGCAGCAGGCGCUGAUGCCUGUGGUGUCCCACGAGCGCUGCACCCAAUCCGACUGGUGGGGCUCCCUCACCAUCCGCCAAACCAUGGUCUGUGCCGGCGGCGCCGAGAAGGCAGGCUGCAACGGCGACUCGGGGGGUCCCCUGAACUGCCAGGGGGCUGAGGGGCAAUGGGAGGUACACGGCAUCGCCAGCUUCGUCUCGUCACUGGGCUGCGACACCCCCAAGAAACCAACCGUCUUCACCCGCGUCUCUGCCUUCGAGGACUGGAUCGCCGAGAUCAUAAGCCAGAACUGAGCGCGGUGACGGUGACAGUGACCUCCCAGCGUGGCAUCGGGCAAAUAAACCCGCAGCUCUGGCA